CGCAGCUCCGCGCACCCUGCACACCAUGGGCAUGUCUGCGGGGGACGAGCGCGCCGCCAGCCCCAGAGAUGAGGAGUGGCCGGAAGCAGAGAAGGCUGAGAAGCUGGCGAGAGGAGCUGCUCUGAAAUGGGCCUCGGGGGUGUUUUACCGCCCCGAGAAACUGGAGGGGCUCGGGCACUACCGGAGACGGGAAACGCAGAGGAACAACUCCAUCCAGUCCCGGCUGAAGUCAACUGUCCAGUCCUACCUGGAGGGGGUAAGUGCAGGGCUGGAGCAGCUGCGCUCGGCGGCCCAGGAGGUGCAGGGCGUGUGCCAGGACCUGGGCGCUGCACGGUGGGCCCUGCUCGACAGCGCAGACCACUUCCAGGGCCUCCAGGAGAUGAGGAAGCUGAUGGAGGAGCAUGUGCAGCUGGCCUCAGUGGUCCAGGUGCUGCCCCAGAUCUUCUCGGUCCACGAGGUUUUUUCCCAUAUCCUGCAGCUGCUCCAUGGGCAGCAUCUCUUGGAGGCCCACGUGGAGCUCAUGAUGGUGGAGCAACUCCGGGAUGACAUCCUCUCCCAGCUGCACCUCCGCGGGCUCUCCAGUGCCCAGGCAACUGUGCUGUCCUACUUCAGUGGCCUGCAGGACCUCAACGAGAGCCUGGCCAAGCAGCUGUGGGACAUUGUGGGCAGCAGCCUGCGGCUGGUGCGCGAGGACCCCGUUCUCUUUGUCACUGCUGUGAGGAUCAUCGAGCGGGAGGAGAAAAUAGAUGACACUCUGCUCUUGGAGGCCACCUUCCUGCCCCCUGGCCGCCCAAAGGGCUGGAGGCAGAAGUUCUACCAGGUCCUCCAGGACACCAUCACAGGAGGCUGUUUCCGUGCUCCCCGCUUGGAUGCUGAGGGGCCAGGGCUGGCCAAGCACCUGGCAGCGCUGCAGAAAGACAUCGUGUGUGAGCUGCGUGUGGUGAAGGACCUGAUGGUCCAGUGUGUCCCAGCUCACUACAACAUCCUCAGCGUCUGCACUGCCACCUACCACCAGGCCCUCAGCAGCCACCUGCAGGAGAUCCUGCGGGAGGACCUGGACAAACAGGGACUCUUCCUUCUCCUUGAGUGGGCGUUCCGUGUGUACCACAGCCCAGAGAUGAUGGGUCACCCUGACCUCCUCCCAGAAGUGGAUGUUUCUGCUCUGGAUCCCUUGAUGUCCUCUGAGCUUGUGGAUCAGACAGAGAGGAGAUAUGUGAUGAAAGUCAAGGCUAGUGUGUUCGAGUGGAUGCAGAGGACCCUGGAUGUGGAGUUCAAGGAAUGGUUCAGGGAAGAGGAACCUGAGACAGACCAUGAGGGCUUCUUCCAGUCAGCCUUGCCUGCCAUUGUCAUGCAGAUGCUGAAUGAGAACAUCCAGGUGGCUUCCUUGAUCACUGACUCUCUGCAGCAGAAGAUCUACAACAUGGCCUUGGAGGAGCUUGAGGCAUUCCUGGGCCGCCUGCGGGAAGCGCUGGUGCAGUGCGGGAAGGAGCACCAGCAGGACCGGGCCGUUCCCAAGUACUACAUCUCCCACCUGCUGGCCGUGCUCAACAACAACCUGGCUCUCAGCAAUUCUGUCUCCUCCCUGCACCCUGACGCUGCCUGCAGAGAAGUCCCUGGAUCCCUGCAGGCUGCUCUAGAUAGGAUGCAGAAGAAAGCCACCCAGCUGCUGCUGGAGGAACUGCUCCUGGACCUGCAGCCCCUCUGCCUGCAGCUGCCUUCCCGCAAGUGGCUCUCCGGGUCCCAGCUGGUCGGCAGCAUGUGUGAAGUGAUUGACAAGUAUGCAAAGGACUUCUCCCGCGUCAGGAAACCCGUGUUCACGCUCCUGCUGGCCGAGAGCGAGCUCCUGGUGGCCAAUCAGUACCUGCGGGCGCUGCUGCAGAGGAAGAUGGUGUGCAAGAGCCGGGAGGAGCGGGGCCAGCUGUGCCACCGCCUGCUGCAGGACGCCACGCAGCUCCGGGAGCUCUUCUGUGGCCUGGGCCUGGACCGGGGCCAGCAGAGCCUGGAGGCCGUUUUUGCCCUGCGGGAGCUGAUCUGCCUCAAAGACCCAGCACUACUCAGCCUGGAGGUGCUGGGCUUCGUCACCAAGUACCCCGAUGUCAGUGACGAGCACAUCUCCACCCUGCUGGACAUCCGCGGGGACGUCUCCAAGGAGGUGCGGCACGUGGUGCUGGAGAUGAUGGCUCAGCACCCCCAGGCUCUGCCCGAGGGCUACCGGCCCAUCUUCAGCACCAUCCUGGUCCCUGUGCCCGAGCUGCCCUUCUGCCUUCGCAAGGGCAAGUGUGCCUGACCCUGCCUGGCACUGGUGCCCUGCUGGCCCAGCUAGGGGCUGUGCAGCGGGAGAACAGGUGACAUGUGGCAUCCUCUACACACAGCACUGUGUUGGGGACAGUCUGGAUAAAGGCCAUUCUCCUCUGGUCUUGCCCCAUGAGAAGACUGUCCCCUGCAAGGACCAGUCCUGGGAUACCUGGACUGGGGGAAAUCCAACCUGUAGCUAUUUUGGUGGCCUGCUGGGACAGUGACUGAGGGCUGCUCAGGCCCACUGCCUGCAGGAGAAUGAAGAGUUGCAGAAGGGACAGGAAUCUGCAGCUGGGACAAAUUCAUGUCUCCAUGGGGCUGCAGAGAUGUUUGGGUUUUCCCAAGUCUCCAGACAGCCCCCUGAGCCAGUGUGUCCCAGCCAGCUCCAAGUUUCUUUGCUAUUUCUGUUUCUAAGGCCUACUUCUCCAGCUUUCCCAAAACCCUCUAAUUUUAAGGAUUCCCACACUAGCCAUGAAGGCAGUCACCAUUCCAGCUCUGAGGCAGACUGGAGCCUUGCUGGGACCAGGCUGGCAGGAGGGUUUCAGCCAUGGGAGGUCCCCUGGGCUCAGCCCUGGGGUUGGGUACUGCUGCUCCCCCAGGCUGGGCCCUGCAUGGCCAGUGGGGAGCAGCUGAGCCAGCUCAUCAUGGCUCAGGGAUGCUGAGGAGAAGAGCACAAGGUGGACUCCCCAGCCUAGACAGUGCCAUCAGCCCUAUCCCUGCUGGCACAAAGGGACAGCUCUGAGUUCCUGCUGACCUGCCAAACCCCUGGCUCUCGCUCAUUUGCCAGGAGGAGGACUGGAGUUGGAGGGUCCCAAGCUGCAUGGAGAGCAUGGUUGUGCCUGGUGUGUUGUCCUGCUCCAAGGCUCCUCUGUGAUGGGCAGCACCACCCUGAGCACUGGCUCUCCCUCCCUCCUGUGCUGCUGCCCAGGCCUUGGCAUCUCCUCCCAGGUGCCAUAUGAAGAUCAGGAGCAGUCUGUCUCUGCCUACACCCUGCCCAGCCC